CAGAAGGUGAAAGUUGAGAUUUAAACCCGUGAGUCUGUUGAAGAGUUAGAGAGCUUGAACAAAAAGUAUAUAUAUAAUAUAUAUAUACAUAUUAUAUAUAUUAUAGUUCUUCUAUUUCUUUCUAGUUCUUCCUAUUUAUAUUUUUUAUUGUAACCGUAAAACAAUUUUAAAAAAACAAAAAAAACCGGAAGUGUCGAGCCGGAACUCAUGUGAGCUGCAGAAGGUUCCCGUCGGAGGUGUUUUCAAGUCGAACCGCAACUUCCGGCAGAUGACUAGUUAGCAGAAGGUGAAAGUGUGUGCGCGUGAGACUCAAACCCGUGAGUCUGUUGAAGAGUUCCCGGACAGAAAGCCGCAGGAGGCUCGCUGACGCGACCUUUGAGCAGCUUCACACACCCGGACAUCAGAUCCUCGCGCACCGGCUCCGCUGACGUCACCAGAACCAGAAACCCAGGAAACUGGACGCUCGUCCCCCCCACCCCCCGCUCGUGUGUAUGUUUUCUCCCCACGUGGCCAUUGCGGAGAACAUUCCUCUUUCGCGCGUGCACUGGGGCCGGUUUGGACAUCUUAAUGGGAGGCGCGCCGCCGCGCACGAGUGGACAUCGCGGGCGACAGCAGCGAGCAGCACCGCGGGGCUGCGGGCCUCCCCCCCCCCACCGCGCCCGGCCCACAUGGAGUCCCUGUCCGGGUACGUGUACAAGGCGGCCAGCGAGGGCCGCGUCCUGACCCUGGCCGCGCUGCUCCACAACCACUCCGAGGGGGAGGUCCGCUACCUGCUGGCACACGUGACCCAGGUGGCCGGACAGAGGUCCACCCCGCUCAUCAUCGCGGCCCGCAACGGGCACGACAAGGUGGUCCGGCUGCUGGUGGACCACUACAAGGUGGACACGGAGCAGACCGGCACGGUCCGGUUCGACGGCUACGUCAUCGACGGGGCGACGGCUCUGUGGUGCGCGGCGGGAGCCGGCCACUUCGAGGUGGUGCGCCUGCUGCUGAGCCACCGCGCCAACGUCAACCACACCACCGUCACCAACUCCACCCCUCUGCGGGCCGCCUGCUUCGACGGGCGCCUGGACAUCGUGCACUACCUGGUGGAGCACAGCGCCGACAUCCGCAUCACCAACAAGUACAACAACACCUGCCUGAUGAUCGCCGCCUACAAGGGCCACGCCGACGUGGUCCGGUUCCUGCUGGAGCAGGGGGCGGACCCCAACGCCAAGGCCCACUGCGGGGCCACCGCCCUGCACUUCGCGGCCGAGGCGGGCCACCUGGAGAUCGUGAAGGAGCUGGUGCGCUGCCGGGCCGGCAUGGUGGUGAACGGGCACGGCAUGACGCCGCUGAAGGUGGCGGCGGAGAGCUGCAAGGCGGACGUGGUGGAGCUGCUGCUGGCGCACGCCGACUGCGACCCACGUAGCCGCAUCGAGGCGCUGGAGCUGCUGGGCGCCUCCUUCGCCAACGACCGCGAGAACUACGACAUCCAGCGGACGUACCACUACCUGCACAUGGCCAUGUCGGAGCGCUACCGCGACCCGGAGCGCGCCAUCGCCAAGGAGCUGCCGCCGGCCAUCGAGGCGUACGGCGGGCGCAGCGAGUGCCGGACGCCUCGGGAGCUGGAGGCCAUCCGGGUGGACCGGGACGCCCUGCACAUGGAGGGCCUGAUGAUCCGGGAGCGGGUCCUGGGCUCGGACAACAUCGACGUGUCGCACCCCAUCAUCUACCGCGGCGCCGUCUACGCCGACAACAUGGAGUUCGAGCAGUGCAUCAAGCUGUGGCUGCAUGCGCUGCGCCUGCGGCAGAAGGGCAACCGCAACACGCACAAGGACCUGCUGCGCUUCGCCCAGGUGUUCUCCCAGAUGGUGCACCUGAAGGAGGCGGUGCCGGCCUCCGCCGUGGAGCAGGUCCUGAGCUGCAGCGUGCUGGAGAUCCAGCGCAGCACGGCGCGCGUGGACGCGGCGGCCGAGUCCGAGCUGCCGCAGGCGUUGGACAACUACGAGUCCAACGUCUUCACCUUCCUGUACCUGACAUGUAUCUCCACCAAGACCACCUGUGGCGACGAGGCGCGCGCCCGCAUCAACAAGCACAUCUACGACCUGAUCCGGCUGGACCCGCGGUCCCGCGAGGGCUCCUCCCUGCUGCACCUGGCCAUCAGCUCCAGCACGCCGGUGGACGACUUCCACACCAACGACGUGUGCAGCUUCCCCAGCGCGCAGGUCACCAAGCUGCUGCUGGACUGCGGCGCGCAGGUGAACGCGGCGGACCACGAGGGCAACACGCCGCUGCACGUCAUCGUGCAGUACAACCGGCCCAUCAGCGACUUCCUCACGCUGCACGCCAUCAUCAUCAACCUGGUGGAGGCCGGCGCCCACACGGACAUGACCAACAAGCAGAAGAAGACGCCGCUGGACAAGAGCACCACGGGCGUGUCGGAGAUCCUGCUGAAGACGCAGAUGAAGAUGAGCCUCAAGUGCCUGGCGGCGCGCGCCGUGCGGCGCCACCAGAUCACGUACCGCAACCAGAUCCCCAAGUCGCUGGAGGAGUUCGUGGAGUUCCACUAAUAAACAAAACGGGACGCGUCCUUCUUUUUAAAAAUAUUUUUUUAUAAUUUUCUAACUAAUCUGACCGGGCGGCGCCGAACGCUUUUAUAAAACGUGGGUCGAUUUAAUUUGUUUUCUAUUUUAAGUAUUAAUUGCUCAGAACCAGCAGACGGACGUCCCGGAGGCCUUGUUGUUUGGCCUUAUCGCUCACGGCGCCGCCUUCGGGGGUCCUGCAGCCAAUGAGGAGAACACAACCAGUUCCCACUUUAUAUUUAACGCGAGUCGUUCUUUCUCUAAAAGUGCACUUUAUGGCCCAAAGUAUGCCGACGGCCUCGUCCUCACGCGUUGAAGGACAACUUUCAAAAUAAAGGAUCAGAACUAAGUAGAAAGAGGAUUUAUUAGAGUUUGAGCUCCGUGUCGGCGUCCGCAUACUUUUGGCCGUGUUCUUUUCUCUGGUGGUUAGAAAACACAAACCAAAAAUAUUCCCUCUGUUGAUGCUGGUGCAUGAGCUUUUAUUUUGAAAAACCUGCAUCUGACCACACAAGCACAGAAACUGAAUGUUUACUCAGAUCAUACGAAAAUUUGAAUUAUUAGUUUUAAUGAGACGAGGAAGUCGUUUGGUCGUUGACGUCUGGAGGAAGAAAAAAAACAGGAAGAGAUUUUAAUGUGUUUUCUUCUGGAAAACUGACAUUUCUUUAUGAAUCGUUUUUUUUUUUAAGGAUGAACGACUUUUAAAUGAAUGAUUUUAUUUGACCCUUUUAUUUAUUUGCUUGUCCUCAUGUUUGAGUAGUUCUGAUCUUUUGUUUCUUCAACCUGUCGUGUUGCUGUUGUGCCUCGAGUCCUGGAGCCCGAGUCCUAGAGCCCGAGUCCUAGACCUUGUGUCCUAGAGCUUGUGUCCUAGAGCCCGAGUCCUGGAGCCCGAGUCCUGGAGCCCGAGUCCUGGAGCCCGAGUCCUAGACCUUGUGUCCUGGAGCCCGAGUCCUGGAGCCCGAGUCCUGGAGCCCGAGUCCUGGAGCCCGAGUCCUCGACCUUGUGUCCUGGAGCCCGAGUCCUGGAGCCCGAGUCCUGGAGCCCGAGUCCUGGAGCCCGAGUCCUAGACCUUGUGUCCUGGAGCCCGAGUCCUGGAGCCCGAGUCCUGGAGCCCGAGUCCUGGAGCCCGAGUCCUAGACCUUGUGUCCUGGAGCCCGAGUCCUGGAGCCCGAGUCCUAGACCUUGUGUCCUGGAGCCCGAGUCCUGGAGCCCGAGUCCUGGAGCCCGAGUCCUAGACCUUGUGUCCUGGAGCCCGAGUCCUAGAGCCCGAGUCCUGGAGCCCGAGUCCUAGACCUUGUGUCCUAGAGCUUGUGUCCUAGAGCCCGAGUCAUAGAGCUUGUGUCCUAGAGCUUGUGUCCUAGAGCCCGAGUCCUAGAGCUUGUGUCCUAGAGCCCGAGUCCUAGAGCUUGUGUCCUAGAGCCCGAGUCCUAGACCUUGUGUCCUAGAGCCCCCAUUUAUUGCACAUAAAAGCAGUUUAGAUUCUUCCUGAACCAACGCAGCGAGUGAAUGCAACACAGAGGGUCUCUGGGUUUGAGGGUCUCUGGGGCGUCUCUAGGUUUGACGGUCUCUGGGUUUGAGGGUCUCUGGGGCGUCUCUAGGUUUGAGGGUCUCUGGGUUUGAGGGUCUCUGGGGCGUCUCUAGGUUUGACGGUCUCUGGGUUUGAGGGUCUCUGGGUUUGAGGGUCUCUGGGGCGUCUCUAGGUUUGAGGGUCUCUGGGUUUGAGGGUCUCUGGGGCGUCUCUAGGUUUGACGGUCUCUGGGUUUGAGGGUCUCUGGGGCGUCUCUAGGUUUGAGGGUCUCUGGGUUUGAGGGUCUCUGGGGCGUCUCUAGGUUUGACGGUCUCUGGGUUUGAGGGUCUCUGGGUUUGAGGGUCUCUGGGGCGUCUCUAGGUUUGACGGUCUCUGGGUUUGACGGUCUCUGGGUUUGAGGGUCUCUGGGGCGUCUCUAGGUUUGAGGGUCUCUGGGGCGUCGCUAGGUUUGAGGGUCUUUGGGGCGUCUCUAGGUUUGAGGGUCUCUGGGGCGUCGCUAGGUUUGAGGGUCUGGGGGGGUCUCGGGGUCGAUAACGUGCCAUUCCAAGCGCUCCUUUUUUAAUCUGUCUGACUGCAGGAGUCUGGAUUUCUGUCCUGGUGGAGCUGGAAACCUUUUAUUAUUAUUAUUAUUAUUAUAAUUUUCUGUGGCUGAAAUGAAGCCAAAGAUUGUUGUGUUGAUGAAACUUCAGAGGACGUCAGCUGUUGUGUACUUCCUGCAGAAUGAACGCCGUCAAAUUAAAAGUCUUCUGUCUGCAUUGA